CCAGCACUUCCAUUCAGUGUGUGUGUGUGAGCGAGAUGGUGGGUCCACGUCUGCGACUCUUCCAUCUCAUAGUGCGCAGGAUGUCUUCAAACAACAAAUAUCUGAUAGAAGACCCCAAGUAUGGAUUCCUCAAGGAACUAGGACUGGAGAGAGUAAAUGUUGGAGUCUACCAUGGGAAAUGGAAAGCUAGUGGCCAGGUUGUCCAGUCAGUGUGCCCCGCCAACGGUCAGGUGAUAGCAGAAGUACAGCAGGGAAACCUGGCAGAUUAUGGAACCUGUGUAGAGGAGGCUCAGGCAGCCUGGCAACUAUGGGCAGAUCUGCCCGCUCCCCGCCGUGGUGAAAUAGUCCGCCAGAUUGGAGAAGCCCUCAGGAAAAAGUUGAUCCCCCUGGGGAAACUCGUCUCUUUAGAAAUGGGUAAGAUCCUGGCUGAAGGGGUCGGGGAGGUACAGGAGUAUGUGGAUAUCUGUGACUACGCUGUAGGAUUGUCACGCUCGUUCAGCGGUUCACUGAUACCAUCUGAACGACCGGGUCAUGUGCUACUGGAGCGCUGGAAUCCUCUUGGAGUCAUCGGUGUCAUCAGUGCCUUCAACUUCCCCAUUGCCGUUUACGGCUGGAAUAGUGCUAUCGCCAUGGUUUGCGGAGACACAGUUGUGUGGAAGGGAGCUCCAAGCACGCCUCUUGUGUCAGUUGCCACAGCUAAGGUGGUGUCGGAGGUGUUGGAGCGUAACAAUAUGCCUGGAGCAGUCUGCGCACUUUGUUGUGGUGGCAGUGAUGUCGGUGAGGCCAUGGCUGCUGACACCAGGCUCCCCUUGCUCUCUUUCACUGGCAGUACUGCUGUCGGCCACAAGGUGGGAGUGAAGGUGCAAGAUAGGUUUGGCAAGCCACUCUUGGAGUUAGGGGGCAACAACGCGAUCAUCGUGGCAGAAGAUGCAAACCUGGACAUGGUGGCUCAGUCCGUGGUGUUCGCCUGCGUUGGGACAGCUGGCCAGCGGUGCACUACCACUCGAAGACUAAUCCUGCACACCAAGGUGUAUGACGCUGUGCUGUCUCGAUUAGUGAAGGCAUACCAGAGUGUGCUGAAGAGGCUUGGAGACCCUUUGGAUGAGAACACUCUGUACGGACCACUCCACUCUGCAGACUCUAUUAAGAGGUUCACAGCCACCAUCGAGAAAGCAGUUAAAGCUGGUGGUAAAAUUGAGUUUGGCGGAAAGGUUAUAGAACGACCUGGGUUCUAUGUAGAGCCCACAAUAAUCACUGGCUUGGCCCAUGAUGCGGAGGUAGUUCACACAGAGACCUUUGCUCCUAUAGUCUAUGUCCUGCGGGCUAACAACGUGGACGAAGCCAUCUCAUGGAACAACGAGGUCAAGCAAGGCCUGUCCUCCAGCAUCUUCACACAGGACCUGGCCACCCUCUUCAAGUGGAUUGGACCCAAAGGGUCGGACUGUGGAAUCGUCAACGUAAACAUUCCCACGAGUGGGGCUGAGAUAGGGGGGGCAUUUGGAGGUGAGAAGCACACCGGAGGCGGGAGAGAGUCUGGAUCUGAUUCCUGGAAGCAGUAUAUGCGUAGGUCCACCAUAACCAUUAACCAUAGCUCCAGUCUCACUUUGGCCCAAGGGAUCAAGUUUGAGUGAUUCAACGUGUCAAGAAAUAAAUCGUUUUACACCAUUG